UUCGGGGUGAGGCCGCGGCUUCAUGGGGAGUUGUUGGGCUGAACGAGCGACUCGGAGUAUGGGAUUGGGGGAGGGGGAUGGGGGAGUUUGGCGCAAAGCCUGCUGGGGCAUGGAGUCCCGGCGAGCUUUGUGCGCAUGUGCGGGGAGGUGAGGGGGCUUGGGGGGCCUCGCCUGAGAGAGUGAGUCAACGAAAUGGAGAUACAGGGUAUUACAAAGGUACCUUGUACCUCGUCCAAGGACACAGAGCUGGUAGGAGGCAGAGCUGGAAUUUGCCCCAGAGCCUUUGUGCCGUAGGACAGGCUGCGGGAGGAGCUGCAGGACUGAGGUACAGAGGCCAGGGGCCCAGGGCGGGACCCAGCCUGGACUUGACUCCCUGGGAUCCCAGGAAGGGCACACCCUUUCCUCACCACCCGAGUGAGCGCUGCCCCCUAACAGAGACCUCUUUGCCCCCUGGGCCAGGCAGAGCAGGCGCUGCGGUCCGGGAGGCCCCAUGGAGGUGGCGGUGCCCGUGAAGCAGGAAGCCGAGGGCCUGGCGCUGGACUCCCCGUGGCACCGCUUCCGCCGCUUCCACCUGGGCGACGCGCCGGGCCCGCGGGAGGCGCUGGGGCUGCUCCGCGCCCUGUGCCGGGACUGGCUGCGGCCCGAGGUGCACACCAAGGAGCAGAUGUUGGAGCUGCUGGUGCUGGAACAGUUCCUGAGCGCGCUGCCCGCCGACACGCAGGCCUGGGUGUGCAGCCGGCAGCCGCAGAGCGGGGAGGAGGCGGUGGCCCUGCUGGAGGAGCUCUGGGGGCCAGCAGCCUCCCCCGAUGGGUCGUCAGCAACGAGGGUGCCUCAGGAUGUGACGCAGGGCCCUGGGGCCACAGGUGGAAAGGAGGACAGCGGGAUGAUUCCCUUAGCAGGCACCGCCCCUGGGGCUGAGGGGCCGGCGCCUGGGGACUCCCAGGCUGUGCGCCCCUACAAGCAGGAGCCCAGCAGCCCCCCGCUGGCGCCUGGCCUGCCCGCCUUCCUAGCGGCCCCGGGCACCACGUCCUGCCCCGAGUGCGGCAAAACGUCCCUGAAACCAGCUCACCUGCUGCGCCACCGGCAGAGCCACUCGGGCGAGAAGCCGCACGCCUGCCCUGAGUGCGGGAAGGCCUUUCGGCGCAAGGAGCACCUGCGGCGCCACCGCGACACGCACCCCGGCAGCCCCGGCAGCCCCGGGCCCGCGCUGCGCCCUCUGCCCGCCCGUGAGAAGCCCCACGCGUGCUGCGAGUGUGGCAAGACCUUCUACUGGCGCGAGCACCUGGUGCGCCACCGCAAGACGCACUCGGGAGCGCGGCCCUUUGCCUGCUGGGAGUGUGGCAAGGGCUUCGGGCGCCGCGAGCACGUGCUGCGCCACCAGCGCAUCCAUGGCCGGGCAGCGGCCAGCGCGCAGGGGGCGGUAGCUCCGGGCCCCGAUGGUGGAGGCCCCUUCCCGCCCUGGCCCUUGGGUUAGCCGCCUCCCGGCCCGCGCCACCUCCCGCCCUUGGUGCUGCCCCCGGGCGGUCCCCCCUCUCUCCCGGCGCCACUUGGCCUCUUCCCCUCCUCCUUUCCUCCCAUCGUCCUCCUCCACCUGCGCCUCCCUUGUCUGAACUUCCCAACGCCUUCCUCUCUAUUCCUUUCCAACUCCUUUUCCCCCAAAUUUCAGUUUCCUUAUCAGGUCUCACCUCAGCCCCCCCUUCUCCCUGAUUUCUCGGCCUCUCUCUGUGUGAAGGGGCCUCUCCCUAAUGUCUCCUCCUUCCCCCCUCUUCUCUCUCCUGCGGCCCAGCCUCCCUCUCCCUCCUCCAUUCCUCUCUCCCUGCCCUUUUCCUGCCUGAAGAGCAGAGGUGAGGACCUGGGACCCCUGAGGGGCAGGCCAGGAGGAGCUCGGGCGCAGGCCAGGCCCCCUUGGUGAAGCGGAGGCUGAAGGAAAGGGGUCUGGGUCUUGUCCCUAGGAAUUCUCCUCCCGCAGGACAGAUUGGGGGUCAGGGGAGGCAGCGGGUGAUGGCUCUGAAGCUGAACCCAGGGCCUGGCUGUGGUCUCCUUGGUCUCGCUGCCCCCUGUGACCCAAAGGCAUGGGAUGGACAGAGAUGCCUGCCCCCGUGAAGCUGGUUGGGGAGGGCAGUUCACCAGCAUCCAUAGAGUAAUAAAGUCACUGUGUGUAGACCCGGA